AUGACCACAAUGGAACAAACUAUUGAUUCUAAAACAAUACAACUACUAGAAUUACUAGAUAAAUAUCAACAAUUGACAACAUCAAAUCGAGAAAAUUUCAUCGAUGGGUUUUCCAAUUUAAGUCGAGCCAAUUUUCAAAAUGAUAAAAGUAAAUAUGGUUUAGAAAAAUUUGAUUUCCGAUGUUAUAAAGCAUGUAAAAUAAUUGAUAUUAAACAUGAUAAAUUUGAAUUGAUUAAUAGAUUAAUGAAAGUGAAUAAUAAUAAUAAUAAUAAUAAUAAUAAUAAUCUUGCAACAACAGAUUCUACUUCAAGUGAUGAGAAGGAAUCAUCAAAAACUAUAAGAAAUAGAAAAGACGAGAAGAAAACAACAACAGCAACAACAACAACAACCACAUCAGAAGAUAUUGUGGAGAAGACUGAUCAUGAUGAAUUUAGAGAUCCAAUUAAACAAUUUGGAACAAUUGUGCCGUAUGAAUUAUAUAAAUGUCAAGAAAAUUUUAAUAAUGGAUUAAAUCAAUUGAUUCAAAUUAUAAAUUUACAAAAACAAAUUAAUCAAUUGAUUCAAGAAUUAAAUUAA